CGCAUGCCGCACUCAGAUUGCGAAAACAAAUUGCGACGGUUGCGGAUUUUGAUUGAUCUGAUAAUUUUUGGUUUAAAGGACGCGGAAAUUAGAACAAUACCAUGUCGCUGCAAUUCCAGAACGACUGUGGCGAUUCGGUAAAACUGGCCAUCACCGAAGAGCUACAGAAUCUGCUGAGCUCGAACACCAAUGUCCUACAACACGCUGAGAAGCGCAUCAAACAGCUGCAAUACACAGAAGGCUAUGGCGUCUACUUGUCCGAGAUCAUCAUGAAUCAGUCGCACGAGCUGCCGCUGCGAUUGAUUGCAAUCAUCAUGUUGACGCGCUAUGUGGAGAACCACUGGGUUGAGAUAAGCGAGUCUGGUUUUAAGAACGAUAAAGCAAUUGGGGGCAUAGCGAGUGAACAAGCCAAGCGUACCAUACGCAACAUAUUACCCAAUGGGCUGUAUGAUCCGAACUCGAAGAUUCGCUCGUCUGUGGCCCAUACGAUUUCGACAAUUGCUGCCACCGAUUAUCCGCAGGGAUGGGCCGAGCUGUUUGAUAUUAUUGUGAAAUGUCUGGGCGGCAAUGAAGAUUCUAUACACGGCGCCAUGCAAGUGUUACAAGAUCUACCCUACGAUGUCGAACAAAUCAAGGACAUGGGGCCGGUGGUCAUUCCUGAGGUCUAUCGCAUAUUUGACUCGGAGCAGAACUAUUCGAUAAAGACGCGUGUUUCGGCCAUACGAAUUCUGAAGCCCCUGUUCUCGUCUAUAUCGGCGCUGAUUACCGACAAGCAGGAGCAGGGCACAAUGAUGAACUCAAUAUUGACAAAUUUCAUGGACAAACUGAUGCAUUAUCUGAGCAUGAACAGCGGUGUCGGCUCAAAUUUCCUUUUGCGGGCUGAAAUCAUAAAGGUUUUCACGUAUUUGGUCAGCGAGAUGCCCAAAUAUGUGAACCCCUUUAUGAAUCGCAUCUUGCCGAUUAUCUGGCAGCUGCUCACACAAAUCGCCGAUACGUAUGUCAAGGUAACCGUAAAUCAGACCGAACCAAGUCCAUUUCCCAGUGGUGAGAAUGAGGACGAUGAUGAGCAAACCAAUUUUCAAACGAUGAUUAUCCAAAUAUUGGAAUUUAUAAACUGCAUUGUCACAUGCGGCAAACUGCGCGGGAACAUUAAGAAUGUUCUCACUGAUUUGAUUUAUAUCAUGAUUGUAUAUAUUCAACUGUGUGAAGAGCAAUUGGAGGACUGGCAGGACGACCCUGAUAAAUAUGUGGAUGAUGAAGACGAUGGUGGAGCAGAGCUGACGGUUCGCAUGUGUGGACGCGAUGUUUUAUUGGCCAUCAAUGAUGAGUUCGGCGUGAAGGCAAUUCAACCUCUCCAAGAGGCUCUGGGCCGUCACUUUAGCGUCGCUGAAGCUGAGAAGGCGGCAGGCAACGUGCAUUGGUGGAAAAUCCAGGAAGCAUGCAUGGAUGCCGUGCACGGCUUUCGCGAUAUUAUACUUGAUGGCAAUUCGAAAUUCGAUUUGCUUAACUAUCUGACCAUUGUACGCAAUUUAUUAGUGCAUCAGGAGUCCCCGCAUUUGGUGGGACGCGCCCUGUGGACACUCAGCACGUAUUCAAAGUCGGAUCUUUACAAUCCACAAAUGUUGUCGGAAAUACUAGAUGCGACAUUGUGCAGUUUGUCGCCAGAUAAAUCACAUAUUUUGCGCAUUAGUGCUGUGAGAGCUUUGCACGAGUUUUUGCAAGCCAACGAAACUGUUGAGGGUGAGAAGCGUACAUUGCUGGUAUCAAAGCUGGGUGGAUUUUUGGAUGGCAUCAUGGCCUUGGUGCCCGGCUGCAAGGCCACUGUCCUGGCGCUGCUUAUGGAGGCGCUUACAGUAAUGGUAAAGUUCGAUGAGGAUUUUGCAUAUGCAGCACAUAGCAAGGUGACCCCGCUGGCAAUUGCUGUGUUCCUGAAGUAUGCAGAGGAUCCUUAUGUGCUCGAAAACGUGCAGGAUCUAAUCAAAGCACUUUGUCAGCGUAAACAAUGCUUGGGACCACUGCAGGAGAAAUUUAUACCAACAAUUGUCAGUAUAUUGGCGCUGCAAGGUGGCCAAACCACGGAGAAACAGGAUAUUGCACUGGAUGUGCUCACAACCAUAGUCAAGUAUACGGAGCCCCCACUCUCUAGCGUCCUGAUCGACUCUGCUUUCCCCGCCAUGAUCAACUGUGUGCUUCACACCGAUGAUCACGCUGUUAUGGUUUCAGGCGGCGAAUGUUUGCGGAGCUUCAUUAACGUAUCGCCAGAACAGAUUUGCAACUACAAAGAUGGCGAGGGCAUCAACCAUGUAAUGCAGUUGACCACCGUGUUGCUCAAUCCAAUGAACAGUGAAAUGACGGCCGGCCAAAUCGGACGUUUGGUUAUAACUAUCAUUACAAAAAUGGGCAAUAUGUUGGGCCCGAACAUCGAUAUGCUGCUUAAGGCGGUCAUCAGUAAAAUGCAGCUGGUCGAGUGCCUCAAGGUCAUCAUGAGUUUGGUUGUGAUAUUUGCGCACCUGUUCCUCACGCAAAUGGACGCGGUGCUUAACUUUUUGUCGACAGUACCGGGACCCACAGGAGAGCCAGCCACUCAAUUUGUCCUCAACAAUUGGCUGUCCAGACAAACUUGUUUCUUUGGUGCUUACGAACGCAAGGUCACUACUUUGGCGCUUUGCAAACUCUUCGAAUACGGGAUGACCACUCAGGACAGUCGCCUAACUUCUAUAACAUAUAAGGAGCUUAUCGAUGAGCCGAUUGGGGAAGGACGUCGGACUCGUUCAACUGCUGCCGCCUCCCAGAAAUGGGUGACCAUACCGGCACUUGUUAAGAUUUUCAAAGUGCUCAUCUCCGAAUAUCAGCAUUUCCAGGAGGGAAAAUGCGAAGCAGCGCUCACAGACUCCGAAGACGAUGUGACUGAAGAGGAGGAAUCUGGGACUGGUGGCGUUUCAAAACCGCGUUACAUUUCCGAUUUGAUAUUCGAUGCCGACGAGGAUAAUGAUGAAGAUGACCACCAAUUGCAGGAGCUGCUUAAAGAAUCAAAUUACCAGGGAGAUAUGGCCGAGAAUUUACAGAAAUUUUUGAUCAACUUUAGACAAAGCGAACACUUUCCCAUCCUCUACGAGCAUCUUAAUGCAUCUGAGCAACUAAUAUUAACCAAAUUGCAGCAGAAAUAAAGUGCAUUUGGCGUCAUAUUAUAUCACAAAAAGAAAAUUGUUUACGUUUCGAUAAUUGCUGUGUUAAAUGUAUUUAAUUAUAAAAAAUCAAACUGUUAAAUAUAUAUUUUUUGUAACGAAAAAAGUAA